UGCGCGGCAGAGAGAAGAAACCGAGAAACCUGGGAGUCUCUCCCCAUGCUGUGCAGCCCCCCGCUGCAGAAGCACAGUGGGCUCGCUUCGGCCCCGGGCUGCUUCAUUUAAGAAGCAGCCGCGAAACCCCCCUGAAUUAAUCUGCAUAUUCACAUGAUCGCAAAUGACCCGCCCGGUCGCCUGGCUCUCAAGUACCCUUCGCCCGCGCCGAGCAGCAGUAAGUGUGGACGUCUGUGUAAGUUUGAGAGCAUCAUGGUGGCCUUUAAAGGAGUCUGGACACAGCCCUUCUGGAAAGCCGUUUCGGCAGAAUUUUUGGCCAUGCUCAUUUUUGUCCUCCUGAGCCUCGGCUCCACGAUCAACUGGGGUGGAGCAGAGAAGCCCCUGCCUGUAGACAUGGUCCUUAUCUCCCUCUGCUUUGGACUCAGCAUUGCAACCAUGGUGCAGUGCUUUGGACACAUCAGCGGAGGCCACAUUAACCCUGCUGUGACCGUGGCAAUGGUCUGCACGAGGAAGAUCAGCCUCGCCAAGUCCGUCUUCUACAUUCUUGCCCAGUGCCUGGGAGCCAUCGUGGGCGCAGGCAUCCUUUACCUCGUCACACCGCCAAGCGUGGUAGGAGGCCUGGGAGUCACUGCGGUACAUGGGGAUCUUUCCGCUGGCCAUGGACUCCUGGUGGAGUUGAUAAUUACAUUCCAGCUGGUUUUUACUAUUUUUGCCAGCUGUGAUUCAAAACGAAGUGAUGUCACUGGUUCAGUAGCUUUAGCAAUUGGAUUUUCUGUUGCAAUUGGACAUUUAUUUGCUAUCAAUUACACUGGUGCCAGUAUGAACCCAGCUCGAUCAUUUGGGCCUGCCGUCAUCAUGGGGAGAUGGGAAAACCAAUGGGUGUAUUGGGUGGGGCCAAUAAUAGGAGCAGUCCUUGCUGGUGCUCUUUAUGAGUACGUCUAUUGCCCAGACGUUGAACUCAAGCGCCGUUUUAAAGAUGUCUUCAGUAAGGCUACCCAGCCGUCCAAAGGGAAGUACAUCGAGGUGGACGAUAACAGGAGCCACGUAGAGACCGACGACCUGAUCCUGAAGCCUGGCAUAGUUCAUGUGAUUGAUAUCGACAGGGGUGAGGACAAGAAGGGAAGAGAUCCAUCCAGCGAGGUGUUGUCUUCUGUAUGACUAGCAAGAAGCACUGAAAGCAGAGAGCAGCCUGCUAGCACGUCCACAGAUAUCCUUCCACCUAUUAAAGAAACAGAUCUCCUCUAGACUGAGUGUCUACCAUUUCUUAGCAGGUAUGGUGUGCGUGGUAGUGGUGUCACCAAACCAUACGCCGGCUCAGUUGGAAGAUUAGGCCUUUGCUAUAAUUAGUGUUCCCCUUCAAUUAUUCCAAAUCGAGAGGUGUUGCUAGUAUUUUCCUUUCCUUCUUUCUGGAGCAACCCCAAAAUCAAAAAAAAAAAGAGAUGAAAGCAUUCUCCUUUAAUAAAUCAGUCAAUAAUGAGAUAAAGAUAGAGAUGUUUAACAUUCAGAUUGACAGUUAAGACAUACCAGGAAAUGCCUAUAGACAUAAAGACCUACUUAUCAGAUUGUUCUUCUGACACUUAAUUGGCUGUUGUCAGCUCCGAUUAGAACAUCUUAUCCAUUAAGCGAGGUUCAGGGACAGCACCAACAGUAUUUAAGAGUUUUAUCCACAGUCAAGCAAAGGAGUAUUGUUUCCAUUCAGGUACAUCACUGUUGCCUUGCAAACUACCUCUGAAAAAAUGAUACUUUAAUACGUUUAAAAAAAAAAAAUAAAAAUUCUAUCAACCCAUCACAUCUCACUCCUGUGAUUUGCAGUAUAAAUAUAUUACCUUCAUCCCUUCCCGGGAGUAAAUACGCUGAGACUGAAUGUUGAACUGUAAUAAGGCUGCAAAGCAUUUAACUGUACUUCUUGCUCCCUCUUGUCAUUGUCUAUCUGGUGAAACAUUCUCCUGGGGUUUGACUAUUGACCAUUUAGUGUAAGCAGACUCUGAAGGUCAUGCAAAGAAUAUAAAGGCUUUCCUGUUACUUAAUAACUCAAAUAAAAGAUAUCAGAAGAAAAGAAGGCAUAUCUGUUUUCAGUGCGCUUGUUCAAAUACACAUUUCUGUGCUAAUUUAUGUAAACUAAGGGUUUAAAUUACUUACCUACUUUCUUACAAGAUGGCUGGAGAUAUGGGUUUUUAAUUUAUUAGUAAUGUAGAGGGUUUUUAACUUUUAACUGUAUUGAAACACUGAUUGGGAAAUAUUUUUUUAUAACAGAUGAUAAAAAUAUGACUGCUUCUGGCUUUUUGUUGUAACCGAUGCCUAACUAUUUGAACAGGAUUCAUGCUUGUUCCACUGUUCAUAUGGUCUUAAUUACACCUGUGGCAAAGGUUUCUUUAUCUGUCGUUAGGAAAAGAUGCGAGCACUUGCAGGGUUUUUUAGGGGGAAAGGAACACGAAAUAUGUUCAGUAAUCAAUCUUUCCCGUAUACAAGUAUUUUGACAGACGUACUCACCCCAGCAGAACAUUUCUGUAAAGCUGUUACUGUGUUUUACUGCUUUUGUUUCUGAUCAGUGGCUUCGAGUUUUACAAUAUGCAGCUGCAGAGCAGUCAGGAGCGUGGUACUAUUACUGUAAUUGUAUAGUUUUUAUUUUGAAAUUGAAAAGCUACUUCUGCCUAUUUAGCAAUAAGAGGGAAAAAAAGCAUUAGUCCUGGCUGUGGGCUGUAAUAGCCUUGUCUGCUCUCUGACAUGCUCUACAUGCAAUCUUUAUUACAGGGAAUUAGACGUUUCUAAUGAGAUAAUAAACCACUGCUACACUCAAAUCUGUGCACUAUGAUCCAAAGGCAAUUCUACUACCCCAACUCCCAGCAUGUCCUGCCAUACUCAUUUUCUUAGUUUCACGCUUUUCUUGUCUUAAACCCUGUUAGAGUGUGUCGCAAGCUCCCUGCAUGGAGCAUGAAACUCAUGACUCCUCCAUGCCUUUGCAGCUGGACCACGCUCCCUUCCCCUGCACCCCCUGGGCACCACACAUGGGUGCGGGACAGGGCUUCCUUGGGUGACCCAACAACAGCCCCGCUCCCGACGUGUGAGCCCUACUGCCAGGCACGGUCCCCGUCACAUACUUGUUGCAGCUUCACAGCAGUGGCUGCCUGUCGAGACUAGUAAAACAGCUGAUAUUUGUCCUCAGCUGUGGCCCGACACAGCGGCAGCAUCGCGGUUCAAGGGCACGAGCAUGGUUAGGGACUGGCAAGGGGCAAUGUCAAAUAGCAGAUAAGGGCUCCUUCCCACAGCAAGGGCUAAGUCUCCUGGGGAAGGGCAACAAAGGCGUGGUGGUUUAGACCCCUGCAUACCUCUGCUCAGAUGGGUAAAUACCAUGCUAAAUAGACUCAAUGAGAAAGAUCAAAACUUGUGGUUUGGUUGGUUUUUUUGAUCUCGACGUUUGUUCUGGCUUUUUUUUCUUCUUUUUUUUUUUUUCCCUUCAAAUGCUGUAUUUGUUAAAGGGACACUUUGAUUAAACCUUUUGCAUGGCUUAAACAGGUAAAAUAAAGAGUAAUACACAUAGCACUGGUGGAUUUUUAAGCAAAGGUUUGCAUUUUUGUAUUUAAAGACACUCCUUAGAAGCUCUUGAUUUGUGAAUUUUGCAUGGUACUGUGUUAUUUAAAUAAGAAGCUGUGAUUUGUUUUAUGCUUAAGGGUCCUUUAUACAAAUGGCUUGAUGGGUAUUUUCCUCACGCAGCCUGGUUCUCUUGCCGAGGUGAGCAUAACACAAGCACAGCACCAGCCACCCCAGUUAGAAGGACUUUUUUCCUUGAAACACUCUGUAUUAAUGAAGUGUAGCAAACACUCAGAACCAGUCCCGGGAGAACUCCUCGCUCGGAGACUAUCAGAGAUAAGGUACUGAGGCUUCUGAGAAGAUUAGGGAAAAGAAGGGAAGCUGAGAUAGAAACCACUAGACAGUAAAGAAUGUUGCCAUGGCAUAGGACAUUAGUAGGAAAGCAAGAUAAGAGAAGUCUGCUCCUGCUCCCACAGAAAGAGACUCAUGGAGGAGUUUGUCAUUGACUACAGUGGAAAUGAUCCUAAGCUUUUGGGGGGCGUGAUGGCUUCUCUCAUGUGCUUCACUGUGCAUUUUCCAAAAUCAGCGUCUUUCAGCAAGAUACUUAGUUCUGGAAGGACAUGCGUUCAACUUGAGGUUUAUGACCCACCCUGAAGUAAAUCCUUAGGAGUGGCCAUCAUCACAGAUGGUUCAGCCCCACCACAAGAGAUCACCAUUCAUGUAAGGGAAUGUCACUCUUCAGCAUCCCUUAGGACUUGAUUCAGCUUUGACCUGCAGGGAUAUGUGUUUCUCCUGGUUGUUUUGCAGUGGUAUCAUCACUGUACCAUAGUCACAUUUGGUUAAAUAAUUGACUGGUGUGACCUUUUUAUGGAUUGGAAAUAUUUUUGUUUUAAUAUGAUUUUUAAAUAUGUACUUUAAUACUGUUCGAGUGAGAUUUAUGUUCUAAGGACCUUCAGCUCGAAAUUGCACCUCAUAACAUAACUUGGUGUCCUCUUCAAGUAUUUCUUCGUUGGGGUAGGAAAUGGUAAAUGUCUUUUGUUUAUGACGGUGAAUGGAUAUCACAGGAAGUCUGCCAGGCACGUCAUCAUUCUGAGGUCCUAAAAAAAACCACGAAUGAGUCUCUCACUCCUCCAUGAUGGCACGAUUGUUUCCAUUGCUAUAUUUGCACUUUAACAAACACAUUCAAAAGAUUUAGUCACUGGAUUUCAGAAAAGAAGGGAUGGAUGGAAGCUAAGGGUGGUUACACUGAGGCACACAAAUACCUUUUGGGUUGUGUGAACUCUGAGGAGUUUAUCAAACAAAUUCUAACUAUUCUCAGGAAAAAAAAAAAAAAAGAAACCCUGCAGCAUCUGAGUUGUCGUCAUAACCCUUCUCCUGUUGAAGCAUUUGGGAGCUGUGUCUUUCAUUCAUUCAGUGGAAGCAGGACCGAGACCCGUCUCAUGCAGUGUUUAGGCUCGUCACGUGUAUUUGCAUAUGAGCUUUUCAAAAUGUUUUUUAUUUCUGAUUAUUAAUAAUUGCCACAGUAUCUGCUCAGAAAGCUAGAUAGCCUUCAUCUUUCCACCUUUCUAGUGCUUGGUGGCAGAGCAUUUGCUGCUGUGCUCUGCAACAUUUUUUCUGCAGUCUGUGUAACACAUUCAGGAUAUUAUACACCAUCCAAUAUUUUUAAUCUAAAUAAAAUAUGUGAGAGUUUACAUUGUGAACCUUUCUUUCCAAGGUGAGAGAUGAAAACACCAUGCACAAUUUUUUGUAUCUCAAAUCAACCUGUGUGUGUCUGAGUUUCUCAAGGACUUACUAAAUAGACAAGAUGCAAAUAUAGACUGAACUAUUUGUUAUCCGCUUACAUGAUCUAAAUCAUGCUGUUGCGGUCUGUAAUUUGGGACAACUGAGGUAAAGCAAACAGUGUACAUGGAUUUUUCCACAAGACUGCUUAUUGUUGAAGUGCUUAGUCACCGUGAUAUCAGAACUAAUGUUAUAGGACUUGAAGUUUCCGUAUGUAACAUUUGCAAUAAUCUACUGAAAAAUACACUAUAAAAUAAUACAUGAUUAUCUGGUUCCCACUUGUAUUCUACUGUAUCUCACUCUACUGUUGCAAAUAAAUUUUCUGUUAAAAUGA